UAGUAGAAGAGUUCAAUCCUCUUCUCCCCUAAAUGCGCCCGGGUGCGCACUUGCUGGGUGAAAAGUUUGGGGGCCAGAAUGGAGUCCCAAGCCCGGAGUCAUCCCCUUCCACGAUGCCUUCCAAAGAUCCUUUGAUGGGCUGGCAGAAGUGUGGGUUAGAUACACGUGUGAGGGGCGUCCACAGUUCUUUUCCAGGACCCAAGGAUAAAUGGGAACAAAAUUAUCCCCACACCACAGGCCUCCCAGAUCCCCCAUUUCACCCUCCUGUCUCCAUUUUUCCUUUUUUUAGCCACACUAGACCCAUUUGUCCCUCUGAAUUCUCACUCGGUCUCACUUUGGUUUUCCCAGUGGCAGGCCUAGGCCCAGCAGGCUUCUUUGGCUUCACUUACUCUUUCUCUUUUCCUCUCCCUCCUCCUCUCCAUCUUUCCUUCCUUCUCCUCCCCCUGACCCCCCUCCUUCUCCCUCCCUCCGGGCUCGCAUUUCCCUUCGGCAGUGGGCCGGCGGCUCUGGGCACCAUGCUCCGGCUCCUGCGGUUGCUGCUGUUGCUGCUGCUGCCUCCCCCAGGGUCCCCUGAGCCUUCCGAGCCCCCGGGCCUGGCCUCAUUGUCGCCGGGGGCGCCUCCCCAGGCCCCUGACUUGCUCUUCGCGGACGGGCUGCGAGCCUACUCUGCCGGGGCUUGGGCACCCGCGGUGGCGCUGCUGCGAGAGGCGCUGCGGAGCCGGGAGGCGCUGGGCCGCGCGCGGCGGGACUGCGGGGCGAGCUGUGCGGCCCAGCCUGACGCCGAGCUUCCCGGCAAGCUCCUUGGCGCCCCGCAGUCUGCCUCCGGGCCCCGGGCCUGGGAGCCGCUGCUCCUGCGAGCCACGCUCCGUCGCGCCGAGUGCCUGACCCAAUGCGCCGAGCGCAGGCUGGGCCCGGGGGGCACAGCGCGACUCCGCAUGGGGAGCGUGCUGCGGGAUGCCUUCCGCCGACGGGAGCCUUACAACUACCUGCAGAGGGCCUACUACCAGUUGAAGAAGUUGGACCUGGCAGCUUCUGCAGCACACACCUUCUUUGUGGCAAACCCAACACACUUGCAGAUGCGGGAAGACAUGGCUAAGUACAGAAGAAUGUCUGGGAUCCGCCCCCAGAGCUUCCAGGACCUGGUGACACCCCACUACUGGGCAGCCUAUGACACUGGCCUGGAGCUACUGGGGCAGCAGGAGGUGGCGCUGGCACUGCCCAAGCUGGAGGACGCCCUCCAGGGGAGCCUGACCCAUGUGGAGAACUGUCGUGCAGGCUGUGAGGGACCUGAGGAACAGCAGGUGUCUGAAGAGGAGGUGGAAGAAGGGAGCCAGGGGGGCCUGUAUGAAGCCAUUGCAGGACACUGGAUCCGGGUCCUGCAGUGCCGGCAGCAUUGUGUGGCAGAUACAGCCACCCGUCCUGGUCGCGACUUCCCUGUCCCCGACUUCAUUCCCAACCAGCUGAGACGACUGCAUGAAGCCUAUGCUCAGGUGGGGAACGUGUCUAAGGCCAUGGAAAGUAUCCUGAGUGUCCUGCUCUUCUACCCAGAGGAUGAGGCUGCCAAAAAGGCUCUGAACCAGUACCAAACUCAGCUGGGAGAGCCAAGACCUGGCCUGGGACCACGAGAGGACAUCCAGCGCUUCAUCCUGCGAUCUCUCGGGGAGAAGAGACAACUCUAUUAUGCCAUGGAACACCUGGGCACCAGCUUCAAGGACCCGGAUUCUUGGACCCCGGUAGCUCUCAUCCCCGAAGCUCUGAGAGAGAAGCUCAGAGAGGAUCAAGAGAAGAGGCCUUGGGACCAGGAGCCUCCACAGUCCAAGUCCUUGCCUUACUGGAAGGAUGUCCUUCUCCUGGAGGGUGUGACCCUCACCCAAGAUGCCCAGCAGCUGAACGGGUCGGAGCGAGCCGUGUUGGAUGGACUGCUAACUCCAGCCGAGUGUGGGGUUCUACUGCAGCUGGCCAAGGAUGCAGCUGAGGCUGGAGCCAGGUCUGGCUAUCGUGGCCGCCGCUCCCCUCAUAGUCCUCACGAACGCUUUGAGGGGCUCACAGUGCUCAAGGCUGCUCAGCUGGCCCGGGCUGGGACUGUGGGCAGGCCAGGUGCUAAGUUGCUUCUGGAGGUGAGCGAGCGAGUGCGGGCCUUGACUCAGGCUUACUUCUCCCCAGAGCGGCCACUGCAUCUUUCCUUCACCCACCUGGUGUGCCGAACUGCCAUAGAAGGUGAGCAGGAGCAGCGCAUGGACCUGAGUCACCCGGUCCACGCAGACAACUGUGUCCUGGACCCUGACACUGGUGAAUGCUGGCGGGAGCCCCCAGCCUACACCUAUCGAGACUACAGUGGGCUCCUCUACCUCAAUGAUGAUUUCAAGGGAGGCGACUUGUUCUUCACACAGCCCAACGCCCUCACUGUCACGGCUCAGGUUCGCCCUCGAUGUGGGCGCCUCGUGGCCUUCAGCUCAGGUGGUGAGAAUCCCCAUGGUGUGUGGGCUGUGACGCGGGGACGGCGCUGUGCCCUAGCACUGUGGCACACGUGGGCACCUGAGCACAGGGAACAGGAGUGGACAGAAGCCAAAGAGCUGCUGCGGGAGGAGGAAGAGGAGGAGGAAGAGGAGGAAAUUCUCAGCAGAGAUCCUUCCCCAGAACCCCCAAGUCAUAAGCUUCAGCGGGUCCAAGACAAAGCUGAGAAGCUACUCAGGGUCCGAGAGGAACUCUGACUGCUGAGCCAGCUUCAGCUUGUGAGUGAACCGAUGAGAAGGCCCCGUGUGACGUCAGGGACAGCGCAGCAGGCCCUGUCUCUUCAGUCGAUCAUCCUGGGGACCUAUGAGGGCCACCAAACCCUGGACUCACAAACUUACUACACAGACUUAGCCUAGAGCCCACCAGGCCUGGAAGCCAAGUCUGGCCCCAUCUGAGGACGAACAAAGACCAUUAUGCCUCCCUGAAAGGCAUGGCAAGGAUUGAAGGCUAACUGCUUCUAAUACGGAAGACACAGAGGAGACUAUCCCAUCCUCCCCCAACCUGUGCAAUAAAGAACAUGAAAA